CCCAAAUCCCCUCGUCACCACUCUCCCACACGGUCAAAGGCCACAAGCCCACAAGCUAACCCUAGCCGCCGCACCCCCGCCUCCCAUCUCCGCCCCUCCUCUACCCCUGCACCAACGCCGCCGCCCCCCUGCAUCAACGCCUGCCCGGGUCCCGGCACCAAGAUCUGUUCCCCCGUGUCGCCCCAAAUCCCCGAGCCGCCUCCACCAAUCCACAAAAGGUCAGCCCACAACCUGAGUCCGCCUCCAGCAGAUCCACCUCAUACCGAGGGGAAGCAGAAUCAGAUCUUUGGCGAUGGGUCGAGGCAAAAAGGAUCCCUGGGCGGCGCGCGGAUCCGUCGAUCCAGUGGAGGAGGAGGAGGCGGCAGCGGUGAUGGAGGUUGAAGAGGAGGAGGAAGUCAAGGGAGACGAAGAGGAGGAGUGGAAUCACGAGGAGGAUGAGGCGGAGGAGGAGGAAGAUGAGUGGGAACAGGAGGAGGAGGAGGAGGCUGAUGAGGCCUCGGCGGAGGAGCAGCCGGAGGAGCAGCGGUCGCCGCCCAAGCUGGCGGAGGGAUACUACGAGAUCGAGACCAUCCGCCGCCGCCGCCGCCGCCAGAACCAGGUACAGUACCUCGUCAAAUGGCGUGGGUGGCCGGAGAGCGCCAACACAUGGGAGCCUGAAGAAAACCUCAAGGCCUGCUCUGAUUUUGUUGAAGCCUUUGAGAAGCGGCAGCAACCAAGGUCCUAUGGCAAGCGCAAGCGCAAGCGCAAGAUCUCCACUGCUCCGGUGGUAAGUCCCAACCCUUCUUCUCAGGGUAGAAGGGGCCGCCCACGGCGUUCAGAUCCUCGGUCUCUGUCCCAACGUCCUCUCCCGGAGCGCAAGAUAUUGCCUCCCAGAGCAAGCAGCAGGAGAGGUACUGAUAACAGCAACAGGAACUUGGUUGCGGGCUCUGAUGCAUCAGUGAACGUGGCUCCUCAGCAAAUGCUUGGACAAGGUGCCACACAGGAGGGCAGCUCAAAUGUGCUCUCGGUUGGCCUGCCGUCUGUUGUGGUUCAUCAACAGGAUGAACAUCAGCCUGCGAGUGGUGUGUCAAAGGUUGAUAGUUCAGUACAGGGACCCCCACCUCAGGUUGGCCAGGUGACAGGUGCCAAGAAGCGCAAGCUUGGGUCUGUCAGGAGGUUCAAGCAGGAUGAGGCGCAGCAGGAGCAAGGGCAAGUCGUCAAUGGCACAAGUGAGAAGCCUGGCAAUGAGAAAACUGAUUCCGCACAAGGAGAAACGGGUGAUAGGACCAAGGGAGAGGGCGGUGCUAACCGUUGCAUCACUAAGAUCAUCAAGCCAGUGCGGUAUCAUGCCACCAUGACAGAUGACGUGCAGCAGGUUUCCAUAACAUUCAGAGCACUCAGGUCUGAUGGGCAGGAGGUUCUUGUGGAUGACAAGGAAUUGAAGUCUACAAACCCGUUGGUGCUGAUAAACUACUACGAGCAGCACCUGCGUUACAGUCCCACCGCGUGAAGGAUGCAUGGAAGGUAUUGGGUUGCCGUAGCAUUCUUUAACCUUGUGGAAUUUGCAGUGAUAUAGGUUAGCCUGGUUAAUGUACUAGUUGUGAUGAAUGUAGUAGAAUGUGUGCCCUUCUAGUUGCGACAUAUUUUGUUCAAUAUUUGUAUAAUCAGGGAUUUAUCCUA